AUGGCUACUAGGAUCGAUGGUGAUGCUCCUCAAAAACCCAAACAGCAGUACGAACAUUUGGACCACACUGCUGAUGUCCAAAUUCAUGCGUGGGGCAAAGAUAUAAAGGAGGCUUUUGAACAAGCUGCAAUGGCAAUGUUUUCUUACAUGACUACGGACUAUGAUAAAAUCGAUAUGAAAUACACCUAUGAAAUUGAAGCCGAAGGUACUGAUAUGGAGAAUCUUCUGUUUAGUUUUCUCGAUGAAUGGCUUUUCGCAUUUUCUGCUGAUGAUUUCUUUUUCCCCAGGAUAAUUAAAAUAACUGAUUUCGAUGCAAAUAACUUUCGAAUUAAGUCUGUUGGCUAUGGAGAACCUUUCGAUUUGAACAAACAUCCACAGGGUACAGAGGUUAAAGCCAUAACCUACUCCAACAUGCAAAUCCACAACAAGGACGACAUGCAUGAGGUCUUCGUCAUUAUCGAUAUAUAA